UUUGUAUGCUAUUGCGUUGUGCUUGGCUUCGCUUUACUCGAAAGGCCCAAAGAUUUUUAUGAUAAAAUCUACUUUUUGGCAGACGUGCCACGUUGCUACGAGUUCAACUAUUUAAUAAUUGUCGAAACUGGAAAUAAGAGAAAUGCCGGAACUACAUCAAACGUCACUAUAAAACUGCAUGGUUCAGAAACCGAUAGUUUGCAACACGUUUUGAAUUAUCCGGAUCCCGAAAAGAGGAUAUUACAAAGCAACAAUGAAGAUUUGUUUGUGGUCAGUACCGAACACCCUUUAGGCGAGUUGGAAGAAAUAGAAUUGUGGAUCGAUUCUAUUGGAAAUAAUCCAAGCUGGUACUGUUCGGGAGUACGAAUCUACGACUUUCAAUCAAAAAAUAUUUGGAGUUUCGAUGUUAAACAUUGGUUUAAUGCGAGCAGCGCUUUUUACGUUUCAAAGGUAUCAAAAAGUGCAACGGAAGAUCAAGUGAAAAUAAAGAAAAAGAAAUCUCACUUCUUUAGAGAUACGAAGCGAUACCAUACUUGGAGCAUAAAAAAUUCAGACGAAGUUAUGACGAAAAAGGAAAGAGGCACAAUAAUUUUGUCAAUUGUUGUAACUGUGUUUGGAACUGAAAUGUUGUUCUACAAUUGUCCCAGAUUUGACAACAGCGACGGCAUAGACUUUAAUGAUUUGGGUUUUAAUUUCAAUUUAGAAAAAACGGUUACAGACCAAGUAUCAAAAAUGCUUUUACAUAUUGAAGUUCAAAAGGCAGCAGUAUACAAGAGCUUUGGAGAACUAGCUCUAAGACCUCAUUUCGAACACCUUUAUUAUCCGCUGGACGAAAAAACCAAAAAGGAAAGAAAGUCAUGGCAAGAAGCAAAAGCAAAAAUUUUAGAAAUUUUGGAAGAUUUAAUUAUGAUAGUUGUCUACGUGUCCCUCUUAUAUGCUGUAAUUUUACUAGACAGAGAUAAAUUUAGCAUUUAUAGUCACGAAGAAAUGCACAAUUUGGUAUCUGGGUCGCAUGUUGUGACGAAAAUGAAGUUUGACAAUGUUCGGAGUCUUAACCACAUUGUUCAAUAUAUUGAGCAGACUUUCAUCCCAUCGCUACAAGCCCGAGAAUGGUACGAUGGUUACGUGAAAGACUAUCCCGGUUUGACAAAAGAUUUCGCCAACAAAUACAUGGGUGUUGCACGAAUCAGGCAACACAGGACCAAAUACGAAGCUUGCGCAUUACCAACCCAAAUGAAGUUUUUUAAUAUCACUUGUAGAUCAAGGUUCGCUGCGGCGGAAGAAUAUCGAAGUUUUAUGGACAGAUGGAAUCGUCAAACACUGGCGCUCGGUAAAAUCAAUCAGCGAAUGAGAAUUGCUUGGAUUUAUACCAAUGCAACGAUGACCGGAACAUUUGCCUAUGCAGGGAAGUUUGCUGUAUACCCCGGAGGAGGAUAUAUAACGCCCCUUGGUAGGACUAUUAAGAAUUCGUACAUAAAUAUGCAGUACUUAAAACGGAAAAAUUGGUUGGACCUUUUAACGAGAGCGGUUUUCUUAGAAUUUUUAACUUAUAACCCCAACUGCAACGUUUUCAAUUCCAUCCGAGUCGUCUUUGAAAUCAGUGCGACCGGGCUUGUUGAAAAGAAAUUGGAGAUUCAAACCAGAAAGCUGUUAUUCCUCAAAAGCGAAGUAGUGGCUAUGAGAAAGGUUGUAUAUAUCGCAUUUAUUGCGAUUUUGCUUACAUAUGCUAUCAAAACAACAUACAGAAUAUUCAAAAAGUGGAAAAUCGCCCUCAAAGACAUUUGGUGUAUUAUCGAUAUAGUAAUUGUAUCGUGCAGUUUCGGGACAAUUUACCUCUACACCGCAAGAAUGACCCAAAUUGACGCGUAUUUGUCGGAAUUAGCCGAAACCGCAAACAAUAAGUUUGUUAACUACUUCCACCUAUUUACAGCCUACAAUAUGCUAACGUCGUUUGCCGGAUUUUUGAUUUUUAUCGCGACUUUUCGGCUGUGGAAACUUUUAAGAUUCCUGGUAAUCAUUAAAAUAGUGGAGAAAACGUUGAAAGAUUCGGCAGUGCCUGUACUCGUUCUCUUCAUAUAUCAACUAAUUUAUACCGUUGGAUUUUCUAUGGCUGGAAGCUUGCUAUUUGGUGAAAUGUUAGUAGACUUCAGAAGUUUCGUCAACAGUUUUACGACGUUAAUGCUUCUUGGUGUAGGUUUGUACGGAAUUGAUAUAAAAGUUGUGUCCGAACAUCCAAUCGGUCCAAUAUACUACGUGUUGUAUAUGUUAUGUUCCCUAUUUACAGUAACGACUUACAUAGCCAUCGUAACGAUAUAUUAUUCGGAAGCGAAUGAAUUUUACUGUAACGAACGAGGUUUAGUACAAACUUACCUAAAGCAAAAGUGGACCUAUUACUCCACCUUACUUAAAAUUAGACUUAAAAACUUACGCGGGGGACAAGAAAAUAAAACUCGGAAUUAUCUAGUACCUCCAAAACCCGACGCGUAUAGAUACUCGAAAUGUCUGAGUAUUCCUAAGAAUAGAUUAAACAUCAUGGCGUUAGUAUCGAAAUGCGUCCUUCGAAAUAGGGAGCGAAAUGGAGAUUUGACGGAAUCCGAUUUAGAACUGAUGAGACGUAUUAUCGACAGAUUGAUGCGCGAGGUCAGACUUAAGGAACAACCUUAUAUAGUCCCCAAGAAAAAAAAGUCUAUUUAUGAGGAAAGGGUAGAGAGACUGCAGAUGUUAGUUAAAAACGUAGAGACCAUGCUGGACAUUUUAGGAAACGUCAAUUUCGACUCGUGA